CCAUUUCCCAGCUGUAAAACCGGUCGAUAGAGAGAGAGAGAGAGAGAGAGUCCAAGAAUUUUCACACCGUAUAAUUAAACCGCUAAUUUAGCGAUGAUGUUAACGAUUUAAAUUCACCACAUAGAGACAGACAGACAGGAAUUGGGUUGUAGAGAGAGAAUGACAAUGGGAGGGGAAGAGGGAGUGAUGGCAACGGACUUCUUCUGGUCGUACACAGACGAGCCUCAUGCCACACGUAGAAAACAGAUCCUCUCCCAGUACCCUCAAAUCAAAGAGCUUUUUGGCCCUGAUCCCUGGGCUUUUCUCAAGAUUGCUGGGUUUGUUUUGCUUCAGCUAUGGACUGCUACUUAUCUCCAGAAUGCAGGUUGGCUGAAGAUACUGAUGGUGGCCUAUUUUUUUGGCUCUUUUCUAAACCACAAUCUCUUCUUAGCCAUUCAUGAGCUCAGUCAUAAUCUCGCCUUCUCUACUCCAGUCUACAACCGCUGGCUUGGGAUUUUUGCUAAUCUCCCUAUUGGUGUACCAAUGUCGGUCACUUUCCAAAAGUACCACCUUGAGCAUCAUCGCUUCCAAGGGGUGGAUGGAAUCGACAUGGACAUCCCAAGCCUCACUGAAGCCAAUAUCGUGACAAAUGUUGUUGCAAAAUUUAUAUGGGUCAUCUUCCAACUCUUCUUCUAUGCCCUUCGGCCUCUCUUCCUCAAACCAAAACCCCCUGGUAUGUGGGAGUUCGUCAAUUUGAUCAUCCAGCUAGCCCUUGAUGCAGCCAUGGUUUACAUUUGGGGCUGGAAAUCUUUUGCCUAUAUGAUCCUGUCCACAUUCGUUGGGGGCGGUCUCCACCCAAUGGCUGGUCAUUUUAUCUCAGAACAUUAUGUCUUCAAGCCAGACCAAGAAACAUAUUCGUGCUACGGCCCCUUAAAUCUUAUGACAUGGAGUGUGGGUUACCACAAUGAACACCAUGAUUUUCCUAGAAUUGCAGGGAACAAGCUUCACAAGGUGAAGGAGAUUGCACCAGAGUAUUACAAGAAUUUAGAGUCAUAUAGAUCUUGGAGCCAGGUCAUUUACAUGUAUAUCAUGGAUCGGACGGUUGGACCCUUUAGCCGGAUGAAGAGAAAAUUGUCAACAAAGGCCACUAAGAAAACUGAAUAGGUGCCUCCAUUAGCUUUUUUUUUGCCCCUCUCUCUCUCUCUCU